AGCAGACUAGAAACCAGAAGAGACGAUACGCUUCCACCUCUCGCCUCAGCCAAUCCAAUGGUCUUUAAUCUUACUCUUGUAGAACCCGAUUUAGUAAGCCUUUUGAUUGGUGCCGUUUAGCAGACGAUAAAUUUCCGGACAAAAGAGGAAAUCAAGUUUUGAAACCCAUGGCAUCGUCCUCUCCUCCACCAUGUACUUGAAGGAGGUACGACUUACGAGCUCGUUGGUGUGAUCAAUCAUUAUACUUUCUGUGCUACGAUAUAUGUCUAAGGCCUGUUCAAUCCAAGGAAUGGAGACUGUAAUAGCAACAGUCAGCGGCUACCAUGGCUCGGAGCGGUUCAACCUCAUAAAGCUGAUAUCCCAUGCUGGUGCAAGUUAUGUAGGUGCAUUGUCAAGAUCAACGACACACUUGGUGUGUUGGAAAUUUGAAGGAAAGAAGUAUGAUUUUGCUAAGAGGUUCAGUACGAUAAUUGUCAACCAUCGAUGGGUUGAAGAAUGCAUAAAGCAAGGAACGCGUGUCCCUGAGCAUCCUUAUAUCUUGCAAAGUGGUGAAGAAGUGGGGCCGUUAUUAAUGGAAAUCCCACUUGUUAAUGUGGGCGUCUCAACAAAGAAACGUCGAGUGCUUACUGAUAAAGUGAACGCUAGUGACAACUCUGGAAAACAGACUAUUGAUUUGGCGUGUGGAGUUUCUGGUCUUGCAACAUGGACUCAACCUUGUUUGUUGAAUAAGCAUGAGGCAUCCAGUUCCCAUCCAUCAAAGCAUCCAGAUAUAGAGAAGAGAAAGAUAUUUAAUGGUAAAGGAAGCAUUAUUUCGUCUGAACCUUCUAGUAAAGGAAGGAGGCUUGUGAAAAGGAAUAUUUGUAUAGAUAUGUUGGAGUCUGCCCAUUUGGAUUCAGACCAAGAGUGCUACCCAAUUAGUGUUCAUGACCCAGAGAACAAUGUUUCAGCUACGCCUAAUUACUCAGAUGGUACACAGAAAGCCAAUAUAUUGAAAAUUGGAGGAACAUCUAAUGAUCAAUUCCAUAAUCAAAGAGGAAUUAGAAAUGAAGGUUCAGAAGCUCCCAAGGAUUCAAACUUAUGUCUUAAGUUUGCAUCAACUGCCUUGGAUAGAACUUCACGAGAUGUGUGUACCGAUGUUGAGGACUUAAAUGGGGAGGUCAAGGAUGAGAGACAGAUUGAACAUGUGACCAGGCUACCAACAUCAACCGAGUUAUCAUGCGUUAUAUGUUGGACAGAUUUCAGUUCAACCAGGGGGGUUUUACCAUGUGGACAUCGAUUUUGUUAUUCAUGCAUCCAGAACUGGGCUGACCAUAUGGCUUCAAGGAGGAAGAUUUCAACCUGCCCUUUGUGCAAGGCGAGUUUUAUUAGCAUCACAAAGGUCGAGGAUGCAGCCACCACUGAUCAGAAAAUAUACUCCCAAACUAUUCCAUGUGCUUCUUCAGCCAUGGAUAUUUUCAUUCUCACUGAUCAAGAAACAUACAGUUUUGGUGCUCAGUCCUCUCUUGCACAUGUUUGUAGUGAAUGUCGUUUCCGAGAACCUGAGGAUCUCCUCAUCAGCUGCCAUCUUUGCCAGAUGCGAUGCAUCCAUUCCUACUGCCUGGACCCUCCCUUGUUACCAUGGACUUGCAUGCAUUGCAAGGAUCUCCGGAUGCUCUACCAUCACACGUACUGAUGUUAGGAUCUCCAGAUGAUGCUAUAUCUUUGAUCUUCAAGAACGAACUCAAUUCUGAGACUAACGGUAUCCUUUGUUUCAAUUAGUCGAUUCGUAUAGGCUAUUUGUUUCAAUUAUUAGAAACUGACAAAGAUGAUGGAAAGGAGCAUUAUAUUAUGUAAUGUUCUUAAUUCAUAUCUUUGAUUAGGUGUUGGAUGUGAAUUUCUAGAUUCGUUUAGCAUAGAAGAAAUCCAGUAUGUCCAAUGAAAUGGAAUCUGUGACCGAAAGUGUGCAAUGUCAAUUUUAUUAUAGCCCGAGAUUAGGUGAUUAGUAGGAAGUUUUUUGAGUGGAGAGUCCUUGUCGCGUUUAGCUUUCUGCUUUAUAAUACACAGAUACAGACCCAUCCCGUCUUAUGUAUUUGCUUUUAAUGAA